UCGGUCCUUUUCAUCAUACUCGCUCAUCGCUACGGUUUUUGGUUGUGAAAUUAUCGGCCCAGUCAAGUAGGAUACAACCGCUUGUGUAAUCUGUGUCUGGGUCUGUGCAAUGCUAUUGAUGGCAUCGCUCAUUGGUUCGCUUCUGCUUCACCAGCUUUGUCCUUGUCGGCUGCAACCGAAUAAUAGUUUCUGCAAGAAGCUAGUGUGGUAAACCUGCCUAUUAUAGCAGAAUCAAAAAUUUAUACUGUUCGAAGCGACAACUAAGGAAGUGCGUUAGCGUGAUUGUGCGUUAUGCCAUAAAGUUGUAUUGCUGUUAGCAUAAACUGUGUUUGUGUGUACUUAUUAACCUCGGUAUCCAUAACUUUUGGUUAUGCAGAAGAUAACGGACCUUUGGUGACUGUCUCAAGAGACAACGCAAAGUAAUAACGCUUAAGGUGACGUAGGGACGAGAAUUCUAUAAUAGGUGGACGCUUCCCGAUCGGAGCGAUGAGACUGCUUUGGAAUUCACGAUGCAUUUUCAAACUUUUCCGCGCACUUCUUGGCUUUUACUGUGUACUGCCCGUUGCUUUCUACCUGUCUCCACAGUUACGGCGUAUGCUUAUAUUCGGAACGUAUAUCAUAUGGCCAUUCCAUGACUACAGCAGACCAGAAUCGUAUGGCCUACCGCACGCUAAGAACUUCUACAUCAACUCGGUAGGUGAUAUCCGAUUAGGCACGUGGUAUAUACCCCCUAAAGGCUUCUGGAAGCAACUAGAAAGGCAUUCUAGUCGAGAGCCUGAGGCCUGGAUGUUCCAAGAUCGACGACCUGUUAUAAUCUACUAUCAUGGCCAUGCCAACUGUCGAGCCUGUGACUACCGAAUUGGAUUAUAUAGGGCGCUUUCGCAGAGUGAAAAACUUGACGCCCAUGUUUUUGCUAUCGAUUACCGAGGAUUUGGAGAUUCAACCAAACUUCUUCCAGAUCGUGAGGGAGUACUGCAUGACGCGACUGUGGCUUUUGACUACGUCCGAAAACUGUUAAAAAAUGACGAGUCGCGUAUUCUUAUCUGGGGGCAUUCUCUAGGUACAGCUGUAGUCAUGCAGCUUGCAGAGGCUUUCACCGAAUUAAAACGAAAUCCAAUGGGAGUUAUACUGGAAGCUCCGUUCAACUCGCUUGUCGAGGCUUCUUUAGAGUGGCCGUUGGGAAAGCCCUACAAGUACUUCCCUGGGAUUUCAACGAUAUUCGGCACGCUUCGUGAUGAUGACGAGACGUUCUUCGAGUCGGAACAACUUGCGGGAUCAGUUCGUUUGCCUAUGCUCAUUAUGCACUCCCCUGAUGAUGCCUUAGUACCCUAUUCUCUUGGCGUAAAAUUAUUUGAGCGUCUUCGAGUUUUGUGCCCCGUGCAGCCACGAUUCUAUAAAGUAAACGACACAUACGGGCCCGGCCAUCGCUAUAUUCAUCUUGACCCAGGAGUGCAGUCUGCGGUCGCAGAUUUUAUUCAGUCAUUUAAUAAACCUGUACCUGAUAAACGAGCGGAUCGAAUAAUUACAAAACUACAAACGCCUGAAGAAAUAUUAACUCACGAUUUUAGCGGAGACGAAACUGGCCUUGGGGCUUCUACAGAGACCGGCUCAACGCCAUUAACAUACAAAUAGCGAUAACUGUGGAUCGAAACGCGAAACUGUUUUAGCUACGCAACUUAAUGUGACAGUAGAAUUUAAAGCUAAAUACUAAUCAAAUAAGUGAUCCAGGGAGAAGCUUACAGAUAUAGAUGAAAAUACGUCUACAACGCUCUAAAGCUCUGGACUGAGUGCUGAGCUCUGCAGGUAGUACGCUUCUAGCAUAUAAAGUAAAGGUAAUCUUAUUUGUAUCCCAUCGAAAUAUUUUAUAGUGAAUUAAUCGUUGAACAUACAGGUAUUUACAGUUAUGAGCUUUUAAAAGGGGAGAAGACCGAAGUAGCGACAUUUGACAACUGUUGAAGGCACGGAGAUAGGUAUGCAGACAGACUGCAUCAGAAGACUAAACGACUUUUAGGUGGAAACUGAGUAACGUUGAGGCUGUUAACUUCAUCAUUUGGUUCAAUGCGUCGACCGAAUCGCUAUGUUAGUCAUCUUCAAACGUACAUUUUCCUUUUAUCAAAGCAUUUGUGUGCAAGAUGGACCCAAAACUUUGGGGUGCAAGACUGUGGAUGGGGGUACAGUCGUACAUAGUGUGUAACAUUGUGUGGCUU